AUGUAUACAACCAUAUCUUAUUAUGAUCAUUCACGUAUUGUGCUGAGAGGAAACACAAAGACUGAUUAUAUUAAUGCUAGUUACAUUGACAAUUAUGACAAAGAAAAGGCCUAUAUAGCAAGCCAAGGUCCAAAGAGUAAUACCGUCAGAGAUUUCUGGCAUAUGAUAUGGCAGGAAAACGUUGGCAAAAUUGUUAUGGUCACACAGCUGAAAGAAGGAAGAAGGGAAAAAUGUAUACAAUAUUGGCCUGUUGCAGUUAAUGACCCAAUGGUAGUAGAAAAUUAUCGACUUACAAUGACAAAAGAAAAAGAACACACUCUUUAUGUAUACAGACUGAUAACUAUCUCCAACAAUAUAGAUACGAACAAAAGAGAAAGAAAAGUUCACCAGUAUCAUUUCACCCAAUGGCCAGACCACGGUGUUCCUGACAGCAUCAAGUUGGUUCAUUUUUACAGGAAAGUGAAACGUGAUCACUGUGAUGCAAAUGGACCUAUGGUUGUACAUUGCAGCGCUGGACUUGGAAGAACAGGAACAUUUAUUGCUAUAGAUGCAAUAUAUCAGCACGGCAAGAAAGUUGGUUACGUUGAUAUUAUGGAGUAUGUUCAGAUGAUGAGGAAAGACAGAAUGAAUAUGAUUCAAACACAUGAACAGUAUGAGACAGUUUUUGAAGCACUACUAGAACUAUUUACAGUACCAGAAACGACAAUUCCAAAGAAUGAUUUCUGUAAAUAUUUAGAAGAUCAGGAAUGUAAGACAUUACCAAAAAACCAGAAAGUAUACAAACGGGAGUUUCAGUUUCUUUCUCAACAUUUUGUAGAUGACAAUUUUCGACCAUACCUUAUGUCAUAUGGAAAAACAAGAAAUGAUUACAUAAACGCAGUUAUUAUACCUGGAUACAGAGAGGAAAGCCGAUUCUACGUAACACAAUGUCCUAUGAAAGACACUGUUGUGGAUUUCUGGACAAUGGUAUAUGACCAUAAUUCCAGAAUCAUUGUGUUAUUGGACCAAGUUUACAAAAACGCAAAGUUGUGGUUAGGAAGAUCGGAAAUGCUAGCGAUUGGUGACUUUAGUAUACUUCUAGAAGAAGAGCAUAAUGUGGAUGAGAUGAAAAUUGCUUUGGAUUAUAAGAAACAAAAGGAAAAAAGAAUAAUAAAUAUAUUUACGACAAGUGAAUGGCAAGGUGCUACACUACCAUCACCAAAACUGAUGUUGGAUCUUCUGACAAGUGUCUUUAAUUGUUGGAACUCACAGAAAUGUCCAAUUACGGUCGUAUGCAGAGAUGGAUGCACCAAAAGUGGGUUGUUUGUUGCGCUUUGUCUCAUUUUGGACAACAUGAAAAUAGAUGAAGAGGUCGAUGUCUUUCAAGUAGUAAGAGACAUUCAAACUAGACGUCCAGAAUUCUUUAAGAACUGUGACCAGUAUGAGUAUUGCUACAAGUGUAUCAAAGAACAACUGGAAGGGGAAUCAAUGUAUGCAAAUACUUAAUGAUGCAUGAUUUACAUCAGUUAUGUAAACGUUUUAAUGCAUAUACCAUUUCAACUACCGUUUAGCAAUUUGAAUAAAGUUAUUGUUGAACAUAUAAUAUGAAUAUGAGAUGGUAGCCAUGAAUAUUGUUACAACUGACAACAUUUCAAAUUUUACAACUGAAGUAACAUAACUCUUGAAAGAAAAAUAUAUGCGUUGUCAAAUUUUUUUUUAUAUUUUUUCAUUAUCUUAAUUCACUUAAGAUUAAGUGAAUAUUUCGCAAAGACAUAAGAAAAGAAACUCGAAUUUUCAAAUUACGCACUAAGACGAACAGAGACAACGGUAUACCAUAUUACGUCCAUUUUUGACAGCUAUGUAAAAGAAAAUUAUUUAAAGAUUAAAACAAUUAUGUUUCUUUUCAUCCAAACCAGUUUGAACAACGGACACAAAAUGAGAAAAAUCCAUUCCUAUAGAAAAUGUUAUGACCUCAAUAUGACAUGGCUAUAUUUAAUUGCCUUCAUAGUGCAGUUGUAUUCGUUGACGGUUUUUGUAUCAUAUGAGUGUAAUUUAUAUUUAGUAUCCACAUGUAUAUAUUUGAGGAAAUGCUAAUGUGAGACGGAUAAUCGGCUAUUUCAAUAAAACAUUUUUUAAAGUUA